AUGGUAUCGGAGCCAAAGACGGAGAUCACGUGCAUGCUGCCGAAAGAGAUCGAGGAACGCCCGUUCAUGGUCAGCGCCGCCGGCCAGACGUACAAGCACACAGAUCGGUUUGUGUACCUCGGACUCACCAUCUCCGCGGACGGGAAGGCCGACCGGGAGAUCACGAGCCGCAGCUGCCGAGCGUGGAAGUGCUACCGCCGGAACAGUGCUUCGAUGUACGACAGGCGACGGGCCGACCGCCAGCUCAAGAUCCGGCUUCUCCAGGCUGAAGUGGUGGAGACUCUCCUGUAUGGGUGCGCCUCGUGGAGCCUAACAGCGGAGCACUACACGAAGCUCAAUGGGACCCACCGCCAGUUCCUCACACGGUGCAUCGGCUGGAGCAAGCGGAAACGCUCCGACCGCCCCCUGUCCUAUGCCCAGGCCCUCAUCCAGGCAGGCUGCGAGGAAACCAUCGAGGCCACCGUGCGCAAACGGAGACUGUGUUUCGCGGGCUUUGUUAUGCGCAUGGAGGACAGCCACCUCCCCAAGCGCAUGCUUUUAGGAGCGAUGGCGGGGGGCGUGGAAUUCUGGGGCGGGCAGGAGAGCGACUGGGUGUCUCGUCUAGGAGAGGACCUCGUGGCCUUCAACAUGGGAGACGAAAAGGAAGGG